AUAUGAAAAAGCCUUUGAAUAAACUUGUAUCACUAACCAAAAAAAUCCGCCGAUUUGAUUGAAUUGCAAUGAACAUAAUCAAUUUUUUCUUCAGUUAACUGACUUUUGGAUCAUCCUGCACAUGUUGUCACAGACAUUUUCUCUGAACCCUUCCGAUUCGAUAGUAUCGCCGUGGAAAAGAUCAUCGCUUCGGUUGCAUUUUCAAAAAAUAUAUCAACCGAUUAGAAAUGACUUUCUAUGGACAAAAACAAGUUCUGUACUUUUUCUCAUCCUCAAGUCAUGUUGAUUAGCGUAAUUUAGAAUCAUUCAAUAUCAAAUCUUUUCAUUCAUAACUUCAGCAUUUUGUUUCUCUUUUAUUGCAGCGUUUCUACAGAUUCCUCUCGAUGCUAAAUGGACUCAGCACGGUAUUACUGUGGCCGGAGGAAAUGGACAAGGCAGUAACCUUAAUCAAUUAGAGCGAGUAGUCGGUUUCUAUAUCGAUGAUGAUCAAACUCUUUACAUCGCUGACCAUGGAAAUCAACGUAUCAUGAAAUGGAAGCGUGAUGCGACAAGUGGGCAAGUGGUUGCCGGUGGAAAUGGAAUUGGAAACAAGUCUAAUCAGUUAAAUUACCCAACAGAUGUGAUUCUUGACAAACAAACAGAUAGUCUUAUCAUAUGCGACUUUUUGAACCGACGAGUAGUACGAUGGCCUCGUCAUGAUGGAAGAAGCGGCGAAACGAUUAUCUUGAAUGUGAAAUGUGAGGAUUUGGCAAUGGAUGACGAAGGAUCUUUAUACGUCUCUGAUACAGAAAAGCAUGAAGUUAGGCGAUGGCGAAUGGGUGAAAAGAAUGGAACAGUGGUGGCAGGUGGUAAUGGAGAAGGUAAUCGUCGUGAUCAGCUCGAUUAUCCUUUUUCCAUCGUCGUCGAUCAAGAUCAUUCAGUGUACGUAUCGGACUGGAACAAUCAUCGUGUAAUGAAAUGGAUGAAAGGUGCGAAAGAAGGCAUUAUUGUGGCUGGUGGUAACGGUAAAGGGGAUGCUCUAACACAAUUGCAUUAUCCAAAUGGACUAUUCGUCGAUCGAUUGAACACUGUCUAUGUGGCUGACUCGAAGAAUCAUCGAAUAAUGCGUUGGCCGCAAGGAGCCACAAGCGGAAGUAUUGUCGUUGAUGGAAACAACAGAGGCGAUCAAGGGAACGAGCUUGAUUAUCUCAAAGGUUUAUCAUUCGAUCGACACGGCAAUCUCUAUGUCGCCGAUUUUUGGCGUCAUCGAGUGCAAAAAUUUUCAAUCGAAUUGUCGUCUCACAAUUAA